AUGUGACUCAUGGUUUCUGCUCCUGGAGGUGUAUUGUCCCUGGUACGUUGCCGUUGAAAAACUGGUCACAUUCGUUUGUUGAUCAGAGAUACUCAGAUUCAAUUCAGGACUCUCAGGAAGGGCGAGGUGAGAGGCAUGUUAUUACGAUGGCGGUUGUGCUGAGAUGACUAAAGGGGCUAGGCGUUGAACUCUAUGAAUCACAUGAAGGAUUUGACACAUCUGUUUCAUUUUUUGCCAGAAAUACAUUACAAAGAAGCCCUUCCACAAUGGGUCUUAGGAUGCAUUUUGCCAUUGACCCAACAGGCUGGUGUUGCAUCACCUGGGUGUUCUUCAUUUGGAUCUAUAACUCUCUCUUCAUUCCCAGACUCAUCCUCUUCCCUCACUAUGACGAAGGUCACAUUUCAUCUGCUCUGAUAAUAUGUUACUACUUGGCAUCGUUGUGCUGUGUCACCAGUUUGGUAAGAGCCUCCAUUACAGAUCCAGGGAGGCUACAGCAAAAUCCAAACAUCCCCCACUCUGAAAGAGAUUGGUGGCAGUUGUGCAAUAAAUGCAACAUGAUGAGGCCAAAGAGGUCCCACCACUGCAGUCGCUGUGGACACUGUGUGCGGAGGAUGGAUCAUCACUGUCCGUGGAUUAAUAACUGUGUUGGGGAGGACAACCACUGGCUCUUCCUGCAGCUGUGCUUUUACACCCAGGUCUUGAGUUUUUAUACAUUGGUGCUGGAUUUCUGCCAUUACUAUUACUUCCAGCCUUUAACACCAGUUAAUGCGGAGCUGUUUGUAUUCAAACAUGAAUUGGCCUUCCUGAGACUAUCCACAUGUAUGGGUUUGCUGAUGUUUGGAGGCAUAAGUGCUCUCUUCUAUACACAGCUAAUGGGCAUACUGACAGACACAACCACAAUUGAAAAAAUGUCCCACUCCUGUGAUGAAAUAUCGAAACCCAGAAAGGCUUGGCAGCAGACCUUUGCUGAGGUUUUUGGCACCCGCUGGAAGAUCCUGUGGUUUGUUCCUUUCAGAAAGAGGCAGCCGCUGCGAGUCCCCUACCAUUUUACCAAUAGCGUAUAGACAGAUGGAAGAAGAUCAGCUCCCAGAAGGGAAACGUUGGACUGGAAGUAAUUUUAAAGGAUUUAAAAGACAACCGUGUCAGCCAAACGUCUUCCAAAAUAAUAAUACAAGACCUGCUUAUAUUUCAAGUCCCUAUUAACAAGAUGAGAUCUUCAAAAACAGGAUGUUUUUUGGGGGGAAAUAUUUGUGUACACAUUAGGAAUGCAACGGUUAUCAUUUUCCCAAACCAAAACUGACAUUUGCAUAAAAUUCCAAGUUGAACGAUACCAACAAAAGAUAAAACCGAACCGAAAACAUAACCAAUUUUUUUGUACAACCGAAGUGCUGGCAGUCUCAGCACUAAGCUAGUGGCAUUUUCGGAAGCUCAUUGCACACUUUGCUGCAUGCAGAUGGUUCAUAGUAAUCACUUAAUAAUGUCAGAACAUAAAUCAAAAGUUAUGACAAGUCUUAUCUGAUUGCCCUCAGUAGGGAUAAUCGCGGCUUCAUACUAACAGAGCCGUCUUUUUGGUUUUUUUGAUGAAAGCUGCUGGUAUUAGCAGGCAUACUGAAACCACUCAGCCUGCGUACCCUAAACUAAACCUAAAAAAAUAAGCAUACUAAGAAGUGAAAACUCAAGUUUUUGAGUUGUUGAGUCUCACGUCUGUUAAAUUACGCUGUGUAGGCGUAAUAAAAAAUGUAAUAAUGAUGCUCAGCUGACGUAAACAACCAAAUGCAAAAGUAUUGAAAGAAAAUGUAAUAUUAGUUGAGGUCCUGAAACACUGUGAAACCUGGAGUAAGCAGUAAACUGGACAAAGCUUGUUUUUAUCAAGGUAACUUCAUUUACUGUGCAUGUAUUGAAAUUUGUUUUGUUUGUCUGAUUACUUUACUUUGUUGCUGCAUUCUAUCGGCACAUUGAUUGAAUUCAAGUAUAAGUGCUUUACCCAUAAAGUCAUAUGCAUUAUACUAACAGGCUUUAAUAAGCCAGCAUACUAAAUGAGAAAUUUGCCUAUGCUUUUUGGGUGGCUGAGGUCUAGCUUUAGUUUUCUGCUGACAGAAAUCUAGGUGACAUUUUAAAUUAGACGUGUUUCCUCAUCAGAAACUAUUUUAAAAUGCUGCCAUACAUCUCAGUCACUUUGAAGCCAACAUGUUGAUUUAAAUAGUUGUUAUUUUGAAAACCAUGACUCAGCUGCAGUUCUGCUCAGAUGUGAUUUGCAUAUGAUUUGCCACUUACAACCAACAUUGGCGAUAUUGGGGCUACCAGGAAAAUAAUAAAUGAAAAACAUUCUCAUUGUGUCUAAUUUAUAUAGUACAUUGACACAUGAGUCCAUGCAAUCGCACUGUAUUGAGUUUAUUUAACACAGUUUAGAAAAACAGCAUGUGUGUAAUAAUGGUAUGGCCUGUUCCUUUGGCUCUACAAAUGCAGUUUGGUUUUAAAUUUCCAUUUCUAUUUUACCAAAAAAACCAAAGAGUUGAUAAAAACCAACACACCCUAACUGAACUGCAUUCCUAGUGCAACAUCAAUAACAAUUGGUUGAUUUCUUAUCCUGUGGGAACAAAUACAACAAUAUGUCUUCAGCUUACACUUGUGUUUCUGAAAGGUAAACAACAGAACAUUGUGCUAUAAAAGAGCUGCGUUUAAACAUGUCUGUUUCAGCCAAAUGUACAACUAAAUGAGAAGCUGUUAAUUAAACGUGUAAACUAUCAGCCACCUAAUUCAGUUAUUACAUAUUACUUAUACUUUAAUUGCUUUAUUUAGUCGACAGAUUUCACAAUUAAUGUAUACUUUUAAGUUUACUGCUGGUUGUAUGCACGUUUACAAAACAAAUGUUAAUGUCACAGGUUUGAUGCAGAUGUCUCCUCAUAAUGUUCUUUUUUUAAACAACUGUCCUGACGAUGGACUAACCCAUAUUCUGUAGGUCUCUGGCCUGGCUGUGUGAGGUGGCCAUGGUCCGGAGGCUUUGACAUUAAUCCUGUAGUCCUCUGUUUCCCUUUUUAUAUUGAUUUUGUUAAUAGGAGCUUAGGACUGAAACUAUGUUUGUGUGUGUGUGUGUGUUGUAAGUUUCCUGGGCAACCCUUAUUUGUUCUAACUUUGGCACAGCAGUCCCCAGCAGCACCAUGUGACACUGUGUUACAGCCUGGCAGCUACUCUGUUUGGACAGCCUUUUUGUCUACAUUUACACAAUUGAGAUUGACAGUUCUCUAGUUUAGCUGUGACCUUUGGCAAGCUUCUAGGAGACAACAGUCCCAGCCAAAUACAGCACGUACCAUGCUGAUUUUACUUUUGUUGCCAAGUCUGUUUUAAAAUGAUUUAUACUGUGCCUAUUAAAGAACAAAUAUUUUAAAAUAUAAAUCCUUACACAUACAAGUUUUUUUUUUUUUUUUUUUUUUUAAACUGGUCCUGGUAAAACACAACAUAAUAAUACAAGAAAUGAUUACGUUUUAACUGCCGCAUAUGUCAUAAUUCCUUUCAAUUUCUCAGACAUGUAAAAAAUGUAAAAAAUAACAGUUGACUGACUUGGGAAUCAAAGUUGUUGGUAUAUGGGACUGCCAAUGACUACUCCAACAUUACUGUAAAUUUGAUACAAUUAUUUCUCAAAUCCUUGAAAAGGAAGCAAUGGAAUCACCAAUAACAUAUUGUGUACCCUUGUUUGGGUUAGUGGUCUACAGGUCAGUGUGUAAUAAAAUUUGAAUCAAGGGAAGUCAGACAGAAAUAUUCUCUAGAAAGGGACAACAAUUAACUCUUUCAACACUGAAGGCAAGUAAACUAAUCUUAUGAAUAUGCCUAUUUUAAGAUUAUGUUUCAGUAGAAUUCCUUAGUGCUGAUAGAGUAUUGACAAGAGGACAUUUCUGAAAAAUAGGAAGUAAAGUGGAAAUCCGGUACUUGUUCAAAAGAGGCUAGCUUGUUAAGCUCACUAAGUGCAGCUCUUAAAGUAAUGUUUACUUUUUGAUGUUGUGUUUGUUCACUGGGACACUGCGAUGUAGAUAAUUAUUAAGAUGCACUCCUGCUUAAUUUCUUAUUACCACUAAAGCAAUUCUUCAGUACAUUUUUAUUCAGAAUAAAAAUACUAGAGGACCAUUUAAUGUUGUAAUGUAUAUAUAAAAUAAUGUUCUUUGUUCUAUUGUAGUGCCCUAUUACUGUCUGAACCAAAUGGAAUUGGGGUAUGUUGGUAACUGAGGUUUGCUCACUUUAUAGGAUGGGAUGGUUUUAAUUUAUUUUUUUUGUUUAUGUGUAUGUUUUUGUGGUGAGGUGGAAAUAUAAUUAAAAUAUAUACUUAAGUGCCUCUAUUAUACAGUUAUAUAUGAUUGACGAGCAGGCAAAACCAUUUAAACCAAAGACACUUAAAGAUCAUGGGUUGUUGUCAAAAACGACUGCCUUGGAGCUAGCUGCAAAUUAAUGUUCAAUUUAGAGCUAGAGUGUAGAAGCUAAGCAUUAGCUAAAUGAAGCAUACGGCCUAAGUUUAAAUUAUGAUAAUAUUAGAGUAUUGCUGCUGUAUCAAUAUAUGGAAAACAAACUGUUUAAGUUUUUAUACUCUCCCUGCAUAGUGGUCAGAUGCUUGUGUAGAUUGAACCUAAGAAUCUGCAUUUCUGUACAUGUAAAAGUUUUUUUUUUUUAUUUCUAAUUCAAAACAAUACUGUCUUUUGAGUUGUGGCCAAUUUCAUUCCAUAUACCUAAAUUUCAUUCCAUAUCACUCCGUUUAUGGCAUUUUGGAAUGCAAAUAUGUUUGUUAUUAAAUGAGAUUUGUAUUCUAAGGCUUAUUGAUGACCUGUAUUUGAUUUGCAUAAAAAGCAAAAAGAAGCUUGUAUAUUUGUUGUGAGUGUUAAUUUAAAAUAUGAAAUGCUCAUGAAGAGUCAGAUUUUCCAAACUUGGUUAGUGGAUUUUGAGUACAUAUAGUGACUUGUGCACAUUCCAAAAGUAUAAAUCCUGCUUUGCAUUUCAAGUUACAUUUAAUUUUCUGUUUUGUUCAGUUAAAUUAUGUUGAAAUGCAAAAAUGCUUUUUUUUUAAGUAGUGAGUUGACAAUUGAGAUUUACUCAACGUAAAUUGCCAGUCAUUGAAAAUUAGGCCCAAAGUGUACAAAGCAAUCAGGAUAGAAUAAAAGGAUAGGUGCUAUGCAUUCAUGACAUUUUAUCAGUUGUUUGCAAGUAAUUAGUUGUAAAAUCAGUCGUUUUCAACUUGUUGGUUGAAUUUUCAUUUAGUUUUAGAAAACCGAUCCUGUUGGCAACACAUGAAUACUCUCAGUAAACCAUGAAAUGUUCAUUUUUAACAUAAACUUCUACAAGGCUUAGACUUUUUACAUGGCUAUGUAUGUGAACGUUGUUGAGUAUUUAUUAUCUUUAUAUCAUUUCUAUAGUGUUUCAGCUGAAAAGUGUUUGUCAGGUAAAGUGAAAGUAUACAAAUUAGUGUCCAUUUAUAAUCUGCUGAUUUUUUUUGGUUUUUGUUGACUUUUUUCCAUUUAUUAUUAUUGUUAUUAUUAUUAUUAUUAUUAUUAUUAUUAUUAUUAUUAUUAUUUUUUUUUUUUUUUAUUAUUAUUUUUUUUUUUUUCUUUUUACAAAUAUCUUAAAAUGGUGGCCAAAUGCUGUAACCUAUGCAAUAAAACCACUAUAUAAACUGUACCCCAUUUGUAAGUAUAAUUGGGAUAAUUGGGAGGACAAGGCAGUAGUACUUUUACAAUAUAACUAAAACAAAAUAACUACUUCAUUGCCACCAGGUAUUUCAUUAAAACAACCCUGAUGUGUUUUUUUAAUUGAUUGUUUUACUUUUUAAUUUCUGUUUAUAUGGUGACAUAUUAAAACUGAAUAAAGAAUGAGCCAAUUGACAAAUAAUAGUAAUUUUUAAAAAGUCUUGUGGUCCUAUUAAGAGUAAAGGCUUAAAUAAUUUUAGCAGUAUAAAACUAGCAAGAAAUAACUUAAUAUAAUCAGUUACCUUCUUGUAACACAGUUAUUUCCAGCUUAAGUACUCAUAGUUUAUACUGUUCAUUUAUUUUAUUUUAAAAUUGUCUUUACACUUGCUUCAUAAUACUGUAAAUCCUUUGAAUCCUCUUUUUAAUACAAAUACAACCAGUACAGUUUAAAGCAUAUCACCUUUUUUUUCCUAGGUCAAUUGAGUCAUUUUUCUGACAUUAUAAAAACAGGUUACUGGUUCCCUGUCUUUUUAAAAUUAUUAUUAUUAUAAACAGUUGUUGCUUGAGCACAUAGAUAUCUUUGCAAAUGGGUUUACAGUAAGUUAUAAAAGCUGAAUACUUUUGCAUUAUAUUUGGAAUUUCUUUAAGGCAUUGCAAACAUUGCUGUCUAUAAUGAAAAAUAUUAAAACAAAGCUGCAUAGGUUUUGUUUUCUGAAUCUGAGACCAUAAGCUCAUUCUGAAGAGCUGUCUGUCCAUCUGUCAUCUUCUGAACAUGUCCACUUAUCAUUAUUAUUCAGUUAAAAUAGCAAUGCUAAUGAAUAUAAAAUAUACUAUGCAUAAGUGUUCAGCAUACUAUAUGCACAAUAGUAAAUCAAACAUGUUAAUAUCCAUGUGUAACAUAUAUUAUAUGGUUGUGUUCACUGAAAUGGUAUAUUGAUUUUUAAUUUGCUUACACAUUACAUUUUUGUGAACCUACUUCAUACUGUUUGAUUUAAAUGAUACAUUAUUUAAAUUUGGAUUACAGCAAUUCUGUCAUUUUUUAUUAUGGGUGUGUUUGUGUGUUUGUUUUUUUUUGUUUUUUUUUGUUUUUUUAAUAAAUGGUUUGUUUGCACAA